GGAGCUGUCAUCUCGGGUCAGCGCGUGCCACCGUGAGAGUGCUUGGGUGCGCUCUUUGUGCAAUUGCAGGUGGGACAUUAAUAGGGUGAAUGACGCAACGCUGUUACCCGGUGUGGGGAAGUUGUAGUCACCGAAUGCCACUAACUGCAAGGGGGCCUGCCGCAGUAGAGCCGGCAAAUGUUCAGUAGAGACUAGAGAAGAGAAUGUGGCAGCACGUCGCGGCUGGUCUGGAUAGUCAGUAGUGGUCAGCAGGCACUCUUAUCUCCUAUCACUGUUUCACAGGCAGUGCUCAAAACGGAACAUUAAGCUGAAGGGCACUGUCACUCUGAGGUAUUAAUAGCAGCAAUACUUAUCUGUGCUCACGUUCCAUCCGUUUUUGAAAAAAAAUCUACCUUUCAUUCAGGCAACACCACUGUCGGAGCAUCUUUAGUUUGUAAUGGAGCCAUCUGAGGAGAGAAGGUGCUCUGAUCAUUCAAGAGUGCUGCUCCUCCUGCUUCCCACUGUCUUCUAGCGGUGCGAAGACAGAUUCUCAAGCUCCUUUUACUCCCCACUGAAGUUAUGACAAGACGAGCUAUCUGCAGAUGAUGGAUGCAUCUAUUACUGACAAGUUUUCCGGGAAGCCGCUGCAGCCCGAAUGAGACAACUGUACAGUGAAGACUUUCGGCCGGUCCUGUAGUGGUAGCAAGCAGAGAUUGAAAAUGGUGCAAAAAUAUCAGUCACCUGUUCGAGUUUACAAGUACCCCUUUGAGAUGGUGAUGGCGGCAUAUGAAAAGCGAUUCCCAACAUGCCCCCUGAUUCCUGUGUUUCUGGGCAGUGAGAUUCUUAGUGAGUACAAGACAGAGGAUGGAUCGAUUCACAUGGUUGAAAGAUGCUGCAAACUGAAUGUGGAUGCACCAAGGCUGCUAAAAAAAAUUGCUGGUGUUGAAUAUGUCUACUUUAUACAGAAAAAUAGUUUGAACUGGAAAGAGCGGACUUUGUUGAUUGAAGCUCAUAAUGAAACAUUUGCAAAUAGAAUCCUUGUUAAUGAACGGUGCAGCUACAGUGUCCAUCCAGAAAAUGAAGAAUGGACCUGUUUUGAACAGUCUGCCUCCUUAGAUAUUAGGUCCUUUUUUGGUUUUGAAAGCACUGUGGAGAAAAUUGCCAUGAAGCAGUACACAAUGAACAUAAAAAAGGGUAAAGAAGUAAUCGAACACUACCUAAAUGAACUCAUUUCUCAGGGUAUUACCUACAUUCCUCGGUGGACACCCACUAAUGCCAGUACUGUAAAAGAAGCUGUGACAGUAGACAGUGGACCUGUCCAUAUUUUGGUGCAAGAUUCAGACGUGGAGCCAGUAGAGACCUUAGCACAUAGUACUACCAAAGAACCAAUCAGCAGCCAUUGCUGUGGAACAGAGUCAUCUACACCUGAUGCUGAUAAACUGGAUGCAGAUUACAUUGAGCGGUACUUGGGUCAGCUAACACCAAUGCAAGAAAGCUGCCUCAUCCAGCUCAGGCAGUGGCUGCAAGAAACGCACAAGGGCAAGUCAGAAAGUGGUGAAUGGAAACCAGAAAAGAUUCCCAAAGAUGAGCACAUUCUUCGAUUCCUGAGAGCAAGGGACUUCAGUAUUGACAAAGCACGGGAAAUGCUGUGUCAGUCACUAACCUGGCGAAAGCAGCACCAAGUCGACUAUAUCCUGGAAACAUGGAGGCCCCCUCCAGUUUUGGAGGACUAUUAUGCAGGAGGGUGGCACUACCAUGACAAAGAUGGACGUCCACUGUACAUUCUUCGACUUGGACAAAUGGACACAAAAGGAUUGGUGAAAGCCCUGGGAGAAGAAGCUCUCCUUCGUCAUGUGUUAUCAAUUAAUGAAGAAGGGCAGAAAAGAUGUGAAGAAAAUACAAAAGUCUUUGGACGUCCUAUCACCUCCUGGACUUGCUUAGUGGACCUCGAAGGGCUAAAUAUGAGACAUCUGUGGAGACCUGGUGUUAAAGCUCUUCUUCGAAUAAUUGAAGUAGUGGAAGCUAAUUAUCCUGAGACAUUAGGAAGAUUGCUUAUUCUUAGGGCACCUCGGGUGUUUCCUGUUCUGUGGACAUUGGUUAGCCCAUUUAUCAAUGAAAAUACACGUCAGAAAUUUCUCAUUUAUAGUGGCAAUAAUUAUCAAGGACCUGGAGGACUGACUGACUAUCUGGAUAAGGAAAUUAUUCCAGAUUUUCUAGGAGGAGAAUGCUUGUGCAAUGUCUCAGAAGGAGGACUAGUCCCGAAAUCACUGUAUAGGACUGAAGAAGAACUGGAAAACUCAGAUCAUAUCAAAUUGUGGACAGAAACUAUCUAUCAGUCUGCUUUUGUUUUCAAAGGAGCUCCACAUGAGAUUUUAAUUGAAAUCCUAGAGGGAGCAUCAGUGAUUACAUGGGACUUUGACGUCCUGAAAGGUGAUUUAAUAUUCAGCAUAUUCCAUUCCAAACGGGCACCAGAGACAACUCGUAAGGAUCCCUCAGGACCUCCGGGAGCACAACCUGGUGGGAAUAAUGUGCAGCUAAUUGAUAAAAGCUGGGCACUCGGAGUGGAUUACAGCAUGGUGCAGUCUGCACUUGUAUGUCGAGAAGGAGAGAGCAUUCAGGGAUCCCACGUGACUCGUUGGCCUGGAUUUUAUAUCCUGCAGUGGAAAAUGCAUAUGCCUUCCUCCUCUUCUGCAUCCAGCCUGCCUCGUGUAGAUGAUGUCCUUGCAUCACUACAGGUCUCCUCUCACAAAUGCAAAGUCAUGUACUACACGGAAGUGCUUGCCUCAGAGGAGUUUAGGUUUGUGGUCUCUCGAGAGGCUCAAUGACAAGUCUGGAAUCUUGUCACAGUGGAUUCUCUCAGCUUAGUGCUCAGACGACGUCUUCCAGCCAGUCACAAAGUAGCUCUUUGAUUUCCAGAUAAGGAGCAUCACACAUCUUCCAGAAGAUGGUCGAAAUUCAGAGUACAUGUAGUGCAGUUUGCAAAGCUGGGGUCUCCUUGAGUACGGGCACGUGCAGAUGUGGAAGUUUGUAAAUCAGCUUAUACCACAUUUUGAAAAGACAAAUAUGUGACCUGGGGAUUUUUUUAUCAUAACUGAGACUAUUUCCUUGAAAAUUGAUAUUUAGAUAUUUUUCUGAAACAAAGCAAGAUAGCCCCUACUUCAGUGUGUGUUCUAGCAAUAGCAACAAGAACUGUGUAACUUUCAUACUUAUUUCUGUCUUAAGGGCUGAAUGAUGACCGCAGAGUUCCUCUGAAAGAAAAAGCCAUAAAAAAGCUUUCAGAAUAAAACAACUCGAGCUCAGCUGUGGGCAUGUCAUUGUGACACUAAUUAACUAAUGCAGCUGUGGAAGUCUAGAUACACAGUCCAGCAUGGUGUAUGCUUUAGAAACAGUGCAUUGGUGAACUCUGAUUUCGUUUAACUUUUUCUGGCAUGAAAACUAGACUAGCCAUAGAGAAAAGUGAAAGUUGUUUUAAAAAUAGUCAUUUGAUUUUUAAUCUUUAACCUAAAGCACGCUUACUGUACUGUAGCUAAAUUCACAUGUGACUGCGUCUAAUUCCACAUGGUCCUUUCUGAAGCACACAUUUAACCCAUAUAGAAUCUGGGGGUGCAUGAGGUUCUUGCUUUGGAUGUGCUGUUCUGGUACCACAUCACAGUGCUGCUGAGAAUGAGGAUUAUGAUGAUGUGGACAGAUGAAUCGCAUAAAAAGCAAAUGGUAUGUUACACUGAGUCUGCAUGCCAGCGGAUGAGGCAAGAGCUAUGCAUUUUAACUUGUGGCAGGCCAAUGCACCAUCCUCUCAGUUCUCUAACUCUUCCUGGUCACUGGCAUAAUACCUCUUAAAACACUGUGCCCAUUUAUUGUAAGUGUAUGCCUCAGCACAUUUCUACAGAAUUAGAUUCAGCAGCAUGUGAUUUUAGCUAAUGAACUGCAGAAACUAACAGCCAUAGUCUUUAUGUAUGUACGUCUAGAUUUGAGCUUGGGUCGGAAAUGCUCUUUGCUCUUCCUGCCCUGUUAGUAUGCUGGGGGUAGGUAAAGGCAUUUUUGCCCCAGAACAAAGGGCUUCUGAAAAUAACUAGCAAUAAUUUUUACACUGGAAUUUUUAGCAUGGGCGCACUGGAAAGACUGCCUUAUAGUGUUGUGUGUUUUACCUUUUUCAAAUUUAGGAAAUGUAUAUGCUUUUGUAAGUAUUCCUCAUGUAUCUAUUUAUAGGACAUAAGCUUAUAAAAUUCUAAAUAUUUUUUAAUUAUAUUUGAGCACUUUAUUCUAACAUGCCAUGUAAGCAGGCAUUUGGUAAAACCAAUAGUUACUGUUAAUUGCAAUUUGAUGAUGUAGCAUUAGUCCUAAUACUGUAGUUGAUUAUGUGGGUCUGCCCUCCAGGUUUUAGUUUGGUUACAAACAUAGAUGCAAAAUAAAAACCCAGGAACAUAUCAUUAUAGUGAAAACUGAAUCAUUAAAUCCUAUCUGGCAAAAUCUGAUGCACUGAACACGCACAAUUAUUGAACAGAUUUCAUUUUGCAUCAAUACAUAUAUAAAUGUUGAAAUGCAGCAAGCAAGGCAUAAACUCAAUACUGUGUUGAUUGUUUUAGUGGGCAAACCGCUUUGCAUCAUCCAGCUAAUGAAGUAAUCCAACCAGAUAUUUUGUUUACACUAUUGAAUUCAUGGCAAAGAGAAACUACUGCAUCCUCAGUGAUCUCGCGUCAGUGAGCCCAGCUGCUGGAGAAACCAGCAAAGUGGAUGUGAGCGAGUAGCCAAAGGUCAGCUCUCUCAUCUCAGGGUGCUUUAGCCGACUUUAUAGUUUUUCCCUGGUGGAGGUCAGAUGCAUAUGCAGCAAAGUAACUGCUGUGCUAGGUGCUUUGGUCUACCAAGCAGCUUAUAGGUUCAUAGGUAGGUACUAGGCUAUCUGCCCAAAGGCAUUUAUGAGCCUAGCCAGAAUGUAUUGGCUUUCGC